AUGACGUCGAAACUGUCCGCCAUGUUUUUACCGGGCGACGACUCGAAAAAAGAAUCAGACACAAAAACGAGCGAAGAACCAAACGGUGAUAAUCCGGAAAAUGCGCAGUCGAAUGUUCGCUUUGCUUCUUACGAUCAAGAGAUAGGUCCUUUGGAGAAAAGGAGGAAGGAAUCAGAACCAGAAGGAGUCCGAGACGAAGACCUAAGCCCUGAGGCUCAUGAACAGAUCAGGAAUUUGGCCAUGUCUUUACAGAAAUCUCGAUUGCAGGAAAGUCGGAUGGCCAAUUUCGCAUACGAGACCGUUUCAAUGCCGACCUCGAGAGUACCAUCGAGAGAUAGCGAUGCUCCCGGGACGCCGAGGGGAUCAAUACGACCGGGUCAUGGCUCGAUAUCGUCUACAUUUCACUCCCCACCCUUGACGCCACACGGCUCGAAAGAUGGCAGAAAUGAAAGCGUUGCAGGCGGUAAGGGUCAACAGAAGCAAGACGCAAUCACACCGCAAACCUCUCCUCCUCCCGACACCCAAGGCAAACGCCUCUCUCAGACGACUUCACCGGGCCACCCGAUUUCGAGACCAGCAUCCGGUGAGAAACCUGCCCACGCCCCCGAGAAGCACGUGGCCAGAUUCGAGAUCGGGCCGUCAGAAUCGGCCAGCCCAGUCGAUCAAAGCCCUGUUGGCACACCAAAACUGCGGCCCGCAUCGCCGCAGCCUGCCUCUCCUAAGCCUGCCAAAGCUGAACCAAAGCUGGAGCCGCGCCAAUUCGGAAGCACUGGCAGACAUUCACUGGCUCCGGCUAUUGCGGCUGCAGCAGAACGGAUACCUCGGCAGGGAAGCAGUAGCGACAUUGCAGGCUCUGAGAAACGGUCGUCGAUAUUUGGCGGUAAAAAAGACCCUUAUUCACACGUCAGUGAGAGUAGUGAUAGAGGUGGCUUGGAGGGGAAGAAGCAUGGUUCGAUGUCGGAACUCAAACGUUUCUUCCGAUUAGGUGGGCAUGGCCACAAGCACAAGCAUCAUCAAGAAUCGCCAGCAACCUCAGCACCCGCGUCGAGGAAAUCGACUUCAACCAAGUCCGGGGGUACCGGUACCAGAACGCCCCCUCACCAGCUUCCACCAGCAUCCGUGCCUUUCGCCGACGACCACAGUCUUGAAGCCAAGUAUGGUAAAUUUGGCAAAGUCCUGGGUUCGGGAGCUGGUGGUUCGGUCAGGCUUCUCAAACGAAGCGACGGCGUUGUCUUUGCCGUUAAGCAAUUCAGAGAUAGACAUUCUUGGGAGACUGAGAAGGACUACUCCAAGAAAGUUACGGCAGAAUUUUGCAUUGGUUCAACUCUCCACCACGGCAACAUUAUCGAGACUAUGGACAUUAUCCAAGAAAAUCAUCGCUGGUACGAGAUUAUGGAGUAUGCCCCUUAUGAUCUCUUCGCUAUCGUCAUGACUGGCAAGAUGUCACGGGAAGAAAUCGCCUGUGCAUUUCUCCAGAUUGUCAAUGGUGUCAGCUAUCUACACAGCAUGGGUCUGGCCCAUCGCGACCUGAAGUUGGAUAACGUCGUUGUCAGCGAACAUGGGAUCAUGAAGUUGAUCGACUUCGGCAGUGCGACAGUGUUCCGAUAUCCCUUUGAGAACGAAAUUGUCUUAGCAUCAGGCAUCGUUGGAUCGGACCCUUACUUAGCCCCUGAGGUGUACGAGGAGAAGAAGUAUGAUCCGACCGCUACAGAUAUUUGGUCGUUGGCCAUUAUCUUCUGUUGCAUGACAUUACGCAGGUUCCCUUGGAAACAACCUCGGGUCGUUGAUAAUUCGUACAAGUUGUUCGUCGCUCCACCGACGCCAGGCACACCGGUUCCAGACUCGAAGCCGAGGAGGAGCAGUCAUCUCUCGCCCGAUGACGAGCACGGUUCUCGACGGCCCUCAGAAGGUGGCAGCAGUCCCCACAGUCACCACCAUCAUCACUCGGAAAGCACAGAGACAGAGUCUCGGCCAGCUACCUCUGGUGGCGACAAGCAAGAAGUGAUCAAAGGGCCCUGGAGGUUACUUCGCAUUCUACCCCGGGAGAGUCGCCACAUCAUCGGCCGAAUGCUCAAGGUUAACCCCGCGGAGCGAGCUACAAUGGACGAGGUUCUCGAGGAUGAUUGGGUAUUGAGCUCGAAAGUAUGUUAUCAGGAGGAGAACGGCGUUGUCCAUCGAGCCGACAAUCACACGCAUAUCUUGGAAGCGGGCUCUGGCGGUCCCCCGCCAGCGAAGGUCUAG